GGUUGUUGGUCACGCAUGCUUACGCUGAAGUUGUUGACAGGCCUAGGCUGUUAACGAUGCCUGGCGAUAUAACUCGUCGUUCACGUUAACAUUCAGAAGCAACUUGAUUCCAGACAACCAGGCUGUCGCACAAUCAGGUGCUUAUAGAGUGUCCGCCAUCGAGGUGGCACAAGUGGUAGCAUCGACAUUAUGCCGAAGUUGGACCCAGCGGAACUACAGAAGCUACUUAGUCGAACAAAGAACAUUCGCAACGUCUGCGUCGUAGGCAAAGUAGGUCAAGGAAAGACCUUGUUCGCCAAUGAUAUCAUUGCCAGGGCCAAUGACAGUUCUUAUGGUGGUAUCCAGGGGGGGAGGCGGGGAAGAAGUAGGGGGUAUGGAGGUGAGGGCGAGGAGGAUGAGGAUGGACUGUCUAUAUAUGACGAUGAUGGCGGUACUGACAGUGAGGAUGAAGAGGAUACGCCAGAUGAAGGCCCUCCACUGGGAAUAACAACGUGCACCAGCGUCCGCUACGAGAUACGGGAUGAAGACACCAAGCUGGUGACUGACUGGGACACCAGCAGCAAGGAAUUUCUCAUUACCCUCAUUGACCCCGAUGGUCACGUGGACAACACAUCAGAGGUCACUUCCGCUCUCAGAAUCACCGAUGGAUGCAUAGUCGUUGCAGACUGCGUUACUGGUAUAGGAGGUCCGACCGAGGCGGUGUUGAAGCUGGCGUUUGUGGAGGAGACGCGCCCGGUGUUGUUGCUGAACCGCCUGGAUGUGUCCAUAAUGGAGCUGGAGCUGGAACCAGAGGAUCUGUACAAGCUGAUUGCCAAGUAUGUCUGGACAUUCAACAGGAUCGUCGAGGUCUACGGCAGGCCGGAAUAUAAGGUAUCCCCUAGUGAAGGAUCAGUCGCGUUUGGCUCGGCAUUGCAAGGAUGGGCGUUUACAGUUCACGAGUUUGCCCGAAUGUACAUGGGGAAAUUCAGGAUCGAGUUCAACGACAUGAAAGAGAAACUGUGGGGGAAUAACUUUUUCAACCAAAGAGAAAGAAAGUGGACGACCAACGAAAACCCUAACACUACCCGAGGCUUCAUACAGUUUGUGUUGACGCCACUAUACACUGUGUUCAACGUCUGUACAAGGAAGAGUCGCGAUGACAUCGUGAAGUUCGCCGUCACCAUGAACUUCAGUCUCUCCGACUCGGAGAAACAACUCAAAAGAAAUGACCUUUUACUUGUACUCCUCAAGAAGUGGCUUCCUGCUGGCCGAACUCUCCUGGAUAUGACGGUGCUCCACCUGCCCUCCCCCGUCACGGCCCAGGACAGGAAGGUGGAGAUUCUGUAUGAGGGAAGCAUGACGGACGACUGUGCAGCCAGUAUGAAGCAGUGUGACCCCAAGGGCUGUCUCAUGAUGUACAUCUCCCGCUUGGUGCCCUCCUCGGAGGAGGGAAGUCUGUACGCCUUCGGUCGCAUCUACUCUGGCACCGUCCGCAGUGGGCAGAAGGUUUACGUCAGAGGACCAAAAAGCAUAACAGGGAAGAAGAACGAAUCAAAAGAGGAGACUGUCGAGAGUGUGGGUGUGAUCUACAACGGUGUGCCAAUGGACACGGAUAUUGUCCCUUGUGGAAACAUCUGCGGCCUGCUGGGGGUGGACACACAUUUGAUGAAGUCGGGGACCAUCACGACGAGCCAGCACGCAGACACUAUCAAGCCAAUACGAUACACGGUGCCCCCUGUAGUGAACAUGGGGAUAGAGCCGCGACAGCCAUCGCACCUGCCCACUUUGAUGAAGGGCAUCAAGCAGCUGGAGAAAAUAGAUCCACGACUUGAGGCUGAGCUAUCCCAGGAGGGAGAACUCAGCAUCAGCGGCGUGAACGAGGCCCAUAUCAACCGAGCACUGGAACAACUCAACCAGCUACUAGGUAAAGUUCAGGUGAAGACGAGGGGCCCCUUCCUUCCAUACAGAGAAACUGUGACGGCGGAGUCGACAGAAAUGUGCCGGUCGCAGUCGCCCAACGGCAGCAACUACAUUUGCCUAAAGGCACAAAACCUCCCCAACGGCAUCAACGACGAUAUUGAAAAUGGCGUCAUCGCCCCGUUUCAAGAUGCUAGAGAACGCGCUCUGUACCUGGACGGUAAAUAUAGUAUUAAUCUCACGUAUGCUAAGAAGAUCUGGUGUUUCGGGCCGGAGGGGGUUGGACCUAACUUGUUGAUGGACUGCACGAAGGGAGAGCCCAAGUACCUGCAGGACAUAGAACCCACCGUGAUUGCAGCUUUCCAGUGGACGACAAAGAAGGGUGUGCUGUGUGAGGAACAGAUGCGAGGGGUCCGCUUCAACCUGCACGAGGUCCUGCUGCACGCGGACGAGACGCAACGAGGGAACAAGGAGAUAUUCCCUGCAGCCGCCAGGGCGCUCAGUGCAGCCACACUCAGAGCCAAACCAAGACUGAUGCAGCCCAUGUUCAAGACCUACCUGGAGUGUCCAGAGUCCGUCUCCCCUGUAGUGUUCGAGGUGAUCACCGGUCGCCAGGGCCGGGUUACUAAGGAGCGGAGCGUCAAGGACUGGGACACCUACUACAUGGAGGCAGACAUCCCCGUCAGCAAGGCCUUCGGUUUAGAUAAGGAGCUCUCAUCCAAAACUGACCACGCCGCGAGACUGGUGCAGUGCACGUUUGGACACUGGGAGACACUGGCCGGCAGUCCGCUGGACUACCGCUCCAAGACUACAGCCAUUAUAAAGACCAUUAGGAAACGGAAAGGUCUGGACCCGGAAAUGCCGUCUGUAGAAGACUUCCUGGACUGAGUGGCAUCCGAUGCUUCCAGGAAGCAAGAAUCACCUGCAUCUUCGAGACAUGUCGAAUGACAUUUGUUGGCACAGAAAACACGAUUUUAACAUUGUCCUUUCAGAUCAUAACUUCUCUUGUGACGCAUACGUUAUUGCCACAUAUGGAUUUAUACAUCAUAAAUUAUGUUAUUAAUAUUUAGCGUAGUGUCCUAUUUGUGUGAGGCAUUGGUGUAGCCUAUUGGUUAAAGCGUUUGUUUCCCACGCCGACGACACGGGCACAAUGUGUGAAGGGUAUCAUUAAUGUCAACUGCAAUGGUAUUGUUGAUGCAUGUCAUCGUAUCCCAAUUGCGUAGAUCGGUGCUCAUGAUGUCAACCACCGGCUUGUCUGUGUUGUGUUUGGUUUGUUUACAUAUUGUGAGCGCCAAUGUGCACGCGCUACUACGUCAUACGUCAUACGUGCCCCAGCAUCGGCAGUGACGUCAUGACUAUGUACCUGAUGUCUUGUUGCUUGAUGUUCCUCCUACGUUAAGUGUGGGUCGUACAAGUACCUGUGCAUGAUGUACAGUCUUACAAAUACACUACAGUGGCGACGACGAUAAAAACUUCAAAGUACGGAAAUAUUACGUGAUGUGCAAGGUUGAAUUUUACAGUUGGCCUUUGUUGAUCCACAUCGUUUAAUUCAGCAGUGCGGGUUUUGCAAAUGAUGGUGGGACUGCUAUUGAUCAUCACAAUGGCGGGAGUCAUCGGUGAUUUUGAGGAAAAUAAGGAAGAAUGGUCGUGGUAUGCAGAAAGAGUGAUUCUGUUCUUUGACGCAAACGAAAUUACGAACAAACGACCUGCGCAAACAAGUCUGCGGUCACUUGGUCAAAUUUCUUAGGGAAGCCUUAAUCUUUAUUCCAGGCGCACGAACUCAAUUUCCUUAUCAAGCUGAUAAUUGCAUGCAGUAAAUUCGUGACCAUUCAAGGUGUCUGAGGGGUGAGAAGGAGACGGUUUCUUGACGACACAGUCUAAAACUUUUGGUCUGUGUAUGAUGGACAGAAAUACAUGGACCUCGGAUAUAACGAAUAUGGAUGUGACAAAAUGCUAACACCAAGCAACGACUGUAUUGAUCUGAAGAAUCUCAUACUGGAACCACUGCAACAGCGUGAGUUUAGUUUGUAUGAGUGUUGUGUCUUCAUCGUCAGCAUUGAUCAGAGCAGCAGCUAUAAAUAUGUCGAACAAAUGUGAAAUUUGUUACAUUCGAGGUGUGUUGAAUGUGACCUUCUUAACAUGGCACUAAUGGAAGACAAUGAACAUUGAUGUAUAAUAAAGAAGUUGACUACA